UGGUUGUUGCUCAUGUGGUAUAAAAAUGUCCGGUGUUAAAAUUUAUAUUUCGGACAAGAACAGUAGUCGCACGAGCGCUAAUUCGGCAGCGAUUAUUACGUCACGAAUCGAUGAGAAGGCUCGAAUCGAUGAGAAAAGGGCAUUAUGUGAUAAUUGUGUCAAUGUGAUAAAUGCAAAGGAAGCCAUGGCAAGUAAUCCACUGAGACCAAAGGUCAUUGAACUGUACAAAACACUGCUGUAUUUAGGAAAAGAGUAUCCAAUGGGUGCAGACUAUUUUCGUACCAAGUUGAAAGGAGCAUUUAUGAAAAACAAGGAUGUAAGUGACCCUAAAGAAAUAGAGAUGUUGAUAGAGAGAGGGAACUAUGUUGUGAAGGAACUUGAGGCCUUGUACAUGCUGAGGAAAUACAGAACUUUGAAGAAGAGAUAUUAUGAUAAGAAAGAACCUUCUUGAAGGAAAUUUUCUCUAGAUGAAUAAUUUAAUUGAUCAAUCCAAAUGAUUUCUGUGAUAUUGAGAAAGCUGAUUGUAUUCAGUGGAAUGUAAUACAUUUAUUGCUAGUCAGGGAUAUUACCAUAAAAUAGUUACUUUUGUUGCAGCGAAAGUUUAUUGAUUUGGAAUAAAUACAGAUAUUAUUGUAUAUGAUUUUUAUAGUUAAAAACUCUUGCAGACAUGUAAAAAGAAAUAAACUGAUAAUUAAAAUAACAUAAGUCAUAUUUUUACCAGUCUGAUAUGGUUGUAACUGAAAGUAAAAAUAAAAAUACUGUGCGUAUAAAUGCCCAUUGAACAUAUGCUACAAAUUCUAUCUUUAAGGAACAGAAUACUUGCUGUUGGUUAAUUUCAGAAUUAUAGUUUAAACUGGUGUAAAAAAAGUUGGACUUUGGGCUGUACCUGAAACAAAGUAUUUUGGAUCAUGUUUCACAUUUCUUGUCUCAAACCAAUCAAAAACUUCUUUACCCUAUCUUGAUAAUUUGACUGCAUUAUUUUUACCUUAUUUAUACAUAAGUCUGCUUAAUCUAUAAUACAGAGUCUGAUAGCUAUAUAACUUUGAAAUGUAAGCUGUUUACAAUUGAUGAUGUCAUUGCUACAUGAUACUGCUGUAAGGGUCUUGUUUAUCAACAAUAAUUUAGUGAAAUCAAAAUAGAAUUGUUCAAUCAGAAAGAAAAUAGAUCUGUUUUGCUAAUUAAGUUGUGGUAACAAGGAAAUCCUACCCUAGGUUUGAGAUAUGUCCAAAAAACUGAGGAAGAAUCUCUGUCUUUUACAGACUCUCAACAGUUUUUUGCGUAUCCUUAUCUCAUGGACAUGGCAGACUUUAUACAUAAUUAUAUCUAUAUUAGUCAUGUUAUUUGUUAUUUUCUAGUCUGAAUUAUAAACUUUUUGGUUAGUUGUACAUUUUCAGAAUUUCAUCAAAAUCUCCUUGUUUUAGUCUGUUAAUAUGCUUACCAGGGGUGAUAUUCAUAAAGCUUCCAGGUCUAGUUAUGUCUCCAACCACACAGUGGUGUGGGAGACAUACUGAUUUACUCCUGUGUGUCGGUCACAAAUCUUCUUUGCACUCUUAGUCAAACAUUUCUCAUCCGAUCUUCACCAAAUUUGAACAAAAUGUGUUUGCCAAUAAGUCCUUAGCCAGGCUAGAUAACUAGCUGAAUGUGCAAAGGCACUUUGGAAUUAUGGCCCUUAAAUUAGCAAAAAUCAGCCUUUUUACUCUUGUCCCCACUCUUAGUUGAACAUUUUUCAUCCGAUCUUUACCAAACUUGAACAGAAUGUGUUUGACCAUAGUCCUCGGCCAAGUUCGAUAACUGACCAAAUCCACCUUUUAGGCUCAUAACUAGCCAAAUCCAAUAAGGCACUUCAGAAUUAUGGCCCUUGAAUAACCGAAAAUCAGCCUCUUUACUCUUGUCCACGCUCAAAGUUGAACGAUUGCCGUCUUAUCUACAUCAAACUUGAACCAAAUGCCUUUGACCAUAAUUCCUCAGCCAAGUUCAUUAACUUGCCAUAUCGCCCAAGGCACAUGAGAAUUAUGGCCCUUAGAUUACCCCAAAUCAGCCUUUUUAUUCUCCAAAGGUAUAUUUGUAGUGAGUUAACAGUAUAUAAAGACUGACUCACUAUUUAGAUGAUAAGGCAGUUGUGGGAUACAUGCGCUUUUUUCAAAAGCAGCUCUAGUUUCUACAUAAUUUUCAUAAAGGGUUGCUAGUGGAGUUUGAAGAAAUAAUGUAUUGGAAGGAAAAGCAAGUUUUAAACUUUGUAAUUUCAAGAUUCAUUGCCAAUUCCUGUAUAUUUUGAAUAAUUACAAUCUUUUAUUUAA